AUGACCAUAUUGACGGCCAAAGUAUUUUUGUUUGCGUUGUUAUUAACGGCUUCCAUAAGCACCUUAUUUUACAUUGUCCUCUAUCCCUUACAAGGAAACAAUGACAUAGAGAAUAAACCUGAAACUUGCCAACGAGUUGAAGAAAAACUGAAUAAGUCUUUGUUCUUUGACAAAAUAUAUGUGAUACAUCUCGAACGCCGAGAUGAUCGAAAGGAACGAAUGACAAAAUUGUUUAAACAACUUAACCUUGAUUAUACUUUUUUCCCCGCUAUCGAUGCCGACUCGAACGAAGUAGAAACAUACUAUCAACAAACCAAUGGAACUUUGCACAGAGCUGCAAUUGCUUGUUGGUUAAGUCAUUUAAAGGUAUAUCAAACGAUUGUUGAUAACCGAUUACAAAAUGCACUUAUAUUCGAAGACGAUAUAGACAUGGAGAUGGAUAUCGAAGAACAACUACGAGUUAUAACGCAACAUCUUCCUAGAUACUGGGAGAUGCUUUAUAUUGGUCAUUGUAGUCAAGAAAAUUUACGAGAACCAUAUAACCAUCCAAAUCUAUACAUUUCGACACGGCCGUCUUGCACACAUGCAUACGCUGUCUCAUUCAUUGGUGCUUGGCUGCUUUUACGUGAACUUGCAAAUGUUGUAUACCCAAUAGAUGUGGAAUUGGUACAACUAAUAGAACCCGGGAAGAUUAAGUCAUUUAGCAUUGAACCUCCACUUGCUGCGCAGUGGAGAGACGGGGUUCCGUCAGACGUGAGCGUAAAUGAUCCGCUUUACAUUCCAUAUUACCUGAACAAUUCAACUCUAAAAUAUUUAAAUAUCAUUGAAUACCCAUCAUUUGAUUCUUCGGAUUGA